AGGGAGUAGAAAGCGAUCGCCUCAGUUAGGCUGGCAUAAGAAAGACUUUCAGUAUUUCAACUUAGUCUGGAAAGACUCAUUUAUGCUAUAUCACUCCCUUCUCCCUGACGUGUCCAAAUCCAACGGGUUUGGGAACCCUACGCCUGGAUGUAUGGGCAGCGUAACUACUGCUAUUGGUAAUUUCGGGUAUCAAGAAGUGGGUGGCGAAAUUAAAUGUGUUUCCUCGACAUGAUAGAAGCUUCUCAGAUCCACUUGGCUGCAGACCUUGCCUCAAACAACAUUGACCGGAUGAAGUAUACCUUCGGCGGAUGCAGCUACACCUGUAGGAAUUUUUUACCUCGACGUCGGUGCUUUUGUCCCGAUUUGGGCUAGCCAUCGCUCUUUGCAACUUUUUGGGCUUAGGGAAGAGCAAGGGUCCAAGUCUGUGCCUCGCCACCGUUUCGUCCAAUAACGUGAGGAGUCACUUAGUACAUCCGAUCUCGGUUAUCUUAAGUGCCAUGCAUGCACGUUCCAGAGUUUCUCAAUCGGGCAAUCUUCAGCGCCGCAGAACUGCGUCGAAAACCAACUCUAGUCAACCUGCACUAUGUGGUAUCCAGAAGGCUGAAUAUACACGGCACGAAGUGGGCAAUAGCACCGCUAGGCAUCAGUGCUCUGCGUGCCGAACACCUGCCGAUCGUUCAAUUUCGGUCGCAGGCUGAUCCGCCGAAGAGCAGAUUACUAACGCAUGACGCAAACGUAGUCUUCACCAGCAGCUUCCGCUUCCCGGGAUCGCAAGUUUCACGUUCACGGCAUACUGUAUAAUGCAUCGACACCUCUGUCUACUCAAACAUCGCCCUGGACAGAACGAAUGGGCGAGAAUAUUGUUGUUGCGCCUUCUGGCAUGGAAACCAUCGGUCUUUCUACUAUCAAUGUAAUCUCUAAUGAAGCCCCAGAGACCAGACGAGACUUACAAAUAAUUCGCAACGAGAAAAGCAGCACAAGUAGCGCCACUGCCGACGAGCCUGCCAAGCCCAACAAUAGGCCGACCAUCCCAGUGGCCGCUCAUCAUCCACCCAGCGCUACUGACGACACAUAUCACAACAAUGAUUCUGUGCUCACAACGGGGUCCAUCGACAUCCAGGAGCUCUCGGAGCGACCGGUAGCCUCAUCUUCUCAUCCAAUAUCGAGACAGAUUACAAGCCGGUUGUUCAUCUCUCACUUCUUGUCAACAUGGAACUCGCGGCUGUUCGAGAUGGGCGCUGUGCUCUUCAUUGCCGCCAUUUUCCCCGGGACGUUACUGCCAAUGUCUGUGUAUGCGCUUGUGCGUAGCGCAGCCGCUGUUAUGCUAUCGCCCGCCUUAGGAUCUUGGAUUGAUAAAGGCGAUAGACUGAAAGUUGUCAGAGUUUCCAUUGUAGGCCAACGGCUGGCAGUUGGGGCAUCGUGCUGUAUAUUCUGGAUCUUAUACGAGCGGAAAGAGCUUGGAACCAAGCUGAGGGUUGGCCUCUUUGUCGUGAAUAUACUACUGUCAUGUAUAGAGAAGUUGUGUUCAGUCCUGAAUCUGGUAUCUGUGGAAAGGGACUGGGUUGUGGUCAUUUCACGAGACGACGAUACAGCUCGGCGGAUACUUAACGCUCGCAUGCGCCGCAUCGACCUGUUUUGCAAAUUGUUUGGUCCACUCGCUAUCUCGUUGAUUGAUGGAGCAUCUACAAUCGUCGCUAUCUUUGUUACUCUGGCGAUGACUUGUACGUCAGUCCUUAUCGAGUACUUUACGAUUGCGGCGGUUUUCAGAAUGGUCCCGGCUCUUCAACGAACGACGACUGAGAACAGCCUUACUGCUGCCGAAGACGACUCAGAGCGACUACCAUCGGCGAAUGAAACUAAUCGAGUUUCACUGCGCGAGAUUAUCGACUUCGCACAGUCAGCCGCCUCUAAUCUCCUUCCGCUCAACUCGAUACCUUACUACUUCCAACACCCAGCAUUUCUCCCUUCAAUCUCCUUAUCUCUGCUCUACUUUACAGUCCUCUCCUUCUCCGGCCAAAUGAUCACCUUUCUCCUCGCCAUGGGCUAUACGUCCUAUGCCGUGGGUGCCGCCCGCGUGGUUAGCACCAUUUUCGAACUCUCCGCAACCUGGAUCGCUCCCAAAGUACAACAACACAUCGGCGCUGUGCGAGGCGGUAUCUGGUUUUUGACAUGGCAGAUGAUAUGGCUUGCUGGGGGACUGUCCUGGUUCUUUGCUAGUGGUGAAAGCCUCACUGGGAAUAAGCUCUUCGUAGCAAGCGGGCUCGUCGGCGCCGUCAUAUUGAGUCGUGUGGGUUUGUGGAGUUUUGAUCUUUGCGCUCAGAGCAUUAUACAAGAGGAGGUGGAUGAGCAGAGUCGGGGCGCUUUUUCCACCGUGGAAGCAUCUUUCCAGAACCUUUUUGAGCUCCUUUCGUACGUAACAACGAUCAUCUUUUCCAAGGCAGACCAGUUUCAGUGGCCUGCCGUCAUCAGCGUCAUUGCGGUAUACGUCGCUGGAGGAACAUAUAUGGUAUUUGUGAGGAGAAGGCGCGGGCACUUAGUACAUAUGCCGAACUGUAUUAAGCCGCGGCUGGAAGAUAACUGCUAGUAAUGAGCGUUGCCAUGAUUCUACGGGAUAACAGCGCAAGGACGAAGCAUGAACCGGAGAGUCGCGUAGCUGCUGCUGUAGAGCCGUCUCGCUGCCGUACUGACGGUCUCAGAGUGGUACAGUCGAUGGUAUGCACGAGUGAGUCUUGUUUGUGCUGUAGGCUUUCGUCGCUAUCGAAAGAUCGAUCGCAGAGAGCACAACGGAAGCUCAUAGUGUCAAAGUGUUCAUACUACUAUUGUGAAGCUUGGCGUUGGUAGUGGUCCGUAUGUAGAAUUGUAAAAAUAAUAAUUCAGG